UGACUAUGUACAGUUUUAAUGACUUGGUAUAGAUUAGUUUCCAUAAUUUUUGGUUUCUGGUGGUUGGUUUUUUUACCUGAAGACUUGCUCAUUGUUUACUUGGUUUUUGUGUUUGUUGGUUUUUACAUUCAUGUGUUUGUUUUUUGUGUUCCCCUAGGGAUCAUGAACUACGGUAGAUCUGGAGGUGUUUCUUUUGGAACCGCAGACGCGCCUCAAGGGCCCAAGUUUUGGUUGGAACCGGGUUACCGUGCUAAGCUCCACUUUGUUAGGGACCGGGAGAGCUGCAGAGGUCAGGGGGUUCGUGGAGGACAACCUACCACAGGCCGUGCACACCGAGAGUUAUGCUGACCUGAUCUCCUACAAGCUGGAGAGGCAAGACCUGGUUGUCAGCGAGCUGUUCACGUUAUUCAAUUCCUCGCGAUCCCGUGUCGGGAUUCUGGACUGGGGAAUCAAAAUGACAACACUUGAAGACGUGUUUCUGAACGUAGUCCGUCGUAACUCUGCCAACCCGGGGUCCUCCAAGAGGUCGCGAACCCUCUGUCCGUCCUGGGUACCGUGCCAGUUCUCCGUUGCCAAGGGAGACAACAAUUAGCUGGAAGCAUUUUUAAUUAGUUUGCAUUUUUUUAAACCUGCAUUUUUGAACACCAUAACUUAUAUCUAGAUCGUUUAUCCUGUGUGUUGGCAUCAAUU